UCGUUAUUUCAAUCUGAAAAGAGCUACUCAUACGCCAUUUAACAUAAGACUGCGGUUGUUGUUACCUGCCCCUAGUAUAAUUACAUGAAUUGAGAAAAACGAGUUUCGUGUUUCCCCUUUUUUUUUUUUUUCUUGUUUAAUCCACAGUGUUUUUGUUUUUUCGUUCUCCUCAAAUAUAAAUAAAAAGUUACCCGUCGCGAUGGCGAACACCUCAACGCAGGGGGAGAUCAAGUCCGAGCCGAAUGAGAAACAACAGAAGAGUGGCUGGUGGCCCAGCUUUAAAGCGUUAGGUCACGGCCUGUUGGCAGCGGUAGGUCUCCGUAAAGCAAAACAUCCGCUUCAUGAACAAUAUCCUGAUUCCUGCCACCUCGGAGGAGAACCUGAUCAACUAGCUGAACAAUGCAAACAUGUUUUGCUGGUUACCGGAGAAAAACUGGGGCUGACUGAAAAAUAUUCCGAAGAGGAACCCUCGCCAUCCGAAGCGCAGGAACGGCUACACAUUGAAUGAAUCCGCACAUACCAACACAAAUUU